GUUGAUCAGAAGAAAGGAUGGUUCUGUGCUAUGUACCGGAUUGUAACCACUAUUCUGAUAAGCACACGUGCAUUUGAUAGUUUCCCAACCUCUGUAAGCGAGAGGCAUCGCUGGGGAUGUGUGAUAAGGCGUCCACUAGCGCCCCCCAGUGAAACAGAGUGUUACAGCCAGAGCAUAGGCAGCCCGGGCAGCCUCAUCGUGGGCCCCUCCAGUUUAGCUGUCCGAUGCGGAGUGAGGAUGAGUCCUGCUCUAGAAGCCCUCAUGCAGGCAGACGGGACACCCCCCUAUCCCGGGAAAGGGGUGAUGCUUGAGCCUUUUGUGCACCAGGUGGGGGGCCACUCAUGCGUGCUACGUUUCGGCGACCAGACCAUCUGCAAGCCCCUCAUCCCCCGAGAACAUCAGUUCUACAAGAGCCUGCCCCCCGAGAUGAGGAAGUUCACCCCCCAGUACAGAGGAAUGCCUGUGUUUUGUUUGCAUCUCUCUUUACAGAGUGUAUUUGGCUGGAGGCAGGACCUAGUGGGUGUGGUGUCAGUCAGCUUUGAGGAAGAUGAAGAGGGCAACCUAUGCCUCAUUGCCUACCCCCUCCACAAUGAACCAGAGAACCUGGAAAACAAGGACCCCUCAGCUGACUGCGAGCCCAAGAGCAAGAUGAUCAAAUGGGGUAACAAGAAGACAUCGUCCCUACUGCUGGAGAAUGACAACUACAGCAAAGACCGGGCCAGACAGAGCACUAAAGAGAACAAGAGCAAAAGUUAUAACGGUGCGGAGGCACAGCAGCAGGCUGAGGUUCUCUGCUACAGUCUGGAUCAGAAGCAAAUUAAACACAACCCCUGGAGUCUGAAAUGCCACCAGCAGCACCUCCAGAGGAUGAAGGAGAACUCCAAACACCGCAACCAAUACAAAUUCAUCCUGUUGGAGAACCUGACAUGGCGUCACGCGGUGCCGUGCGUGCUGGACCUGAAGAUGGGCACGCGGCAGCAUGGUGACGAUGCGUCAGAGGAGAAGAAGGCCAAUCAGAUUCGCAAAUGUCAACAGAGCACCUCCGCCUCCAUCGGUGUCCGCCUUUGUGGCAUGCAGGUGUACCAGUCAGACUCAGGCCAGCUGAUGUUCAUGAACAAGUACCAUGGGCGUAAACUGAGCCUGCCGGGCUUCAAGGAGGCACUGUUCCAGUUCUUCCACGAUGGGCAGCGUCUGCGGCACGAGCUGCUCUCCCCGGUGCUGUGGAAGCUCAGGGAGAUGCAGGAAACCCUGGAGUCCUGCGAGUCUUACCGCUUCUACUCCUCCUCCCUCCUCAUCAUCUAUGAUGGGGAGCCCCCCCACACCUGCGGCCCCACCCGACCCCGCCACCGCGGAGGAGAGGAGGGUGACGAUGACGAGCCCUCAGAUGAGGAAGAGGAGGAAGAGAAAGAAGGUGGGUUCCCCCAUGGAUCGCCAGCUGGCAGCAGUGCUGGUGGUAGCAGUAACGGCAGCAGUAAGGGAAGUGCUGGUCGCUCAUCUCGCGGUGGAGGAGGGGAGGCCAGCAGCCCGGGGGUGGAUGUGAGGAUGAUAGAUUUUGCCCACACGACGUGCCGCCAUUACGGGGAGGACAGUGUGGUGCAUGAGGGUCAGGACAGCGGCUACAUCUUCGGCCUGCAGAACCUCAUCACUAUCAUCUCCCAGCUGGAGGAGCACAGCGCCGACUAAAGACUGAGCCUCCACUCUGGAAAACUCUAAUCCAACCUGGGAAUAACAGCACUGAGCUGUAGCCUUGGUCUGCCCUCCUCCGCCACUGGCCUGGUCCUAAUGGCCACGACACAGCCGGGGGAGGACCCCCCCCACCUACUGUAGUGGAGAUACAGGGAGCUCCAGGGUUGGUGAUGGGGUCGGUCCCGCACCUCCCCGAACCAACACGGGACAGGACUGCUUGUGCACUCGUUUGCAACUUGUCUCUGUGACUGUUCUUCCUCUUUCUUCCUCUUUAUUUUCUAUGUAGUGGGAGUGAUAGUGUCUGAGACUGGUAUAUUAACAGGCUCAGGGACUCAUGUAGCAUCCUGUCAUCCUGUCCUCCUUUCUGCUCCUCUGUUAGACUGUUUUCUUUACUGUAUGGUCACUCUGAGAGAGGGACCAAAAGCUGAAGUGUAGUUCUGGAGGUUGUACUUGAUGCUUUUAGACUGUAUGGUGAAGUGUUUGUGGAUGGCGUUUGGACUGCUGUUCCCCCAACAGCACAGCACACACGAGUGGGGGUUGCUUCUGUACAGGCUGAACGGGGCUAGGCCGGUCGCUCGGUCAGCUGGCAACUCCUCACUCUCCUAUGGCCAAUUUUUUGUUUUGUAUUUCUUCUGGUGUUUCUGCACACCCCAGCAACGAACAGAAUUUUCUUAUACAUUUGGCCAUCUGGAUUUACAAAAAUAACAACGCAUGGAAGGAGAAUAAGGUUUGGGUGAAGAAAAAUGGAUUUCUACCUUUUGUCAACAAUAACACCCCCCGUACUGUUUAAUCCUUAAAUCAAAGACAUUUAAAGUGGGGGUUUAUAAGGGAAUAACAUCAUUACUUUGUCAUUUUCUUUGUUUUUGUCUGAAUUGCUCCUCUUCAUUCCUGAAAUGGUGACUGAACACAAUAAUAUAUUGAUAAGGACAAUAAAUACAAAGACUAUAGACUUUAUUUAUUUGUCAUAUUUCUUCAUAAUAAACAAAGACAUUUAAACAAAAUGGAGCAAUGAUGACCACAUUCCAUAUUACUGUUCUGAUAAUGACUAGUGAAUGUUGUUUUUUGCAAGAUACCUCUCUUGUAGACCUGUGUGUCACUAGUAUGUUGGAAGAAAAAUAAAGACAUUUGUGGUAAAAGCA